CAGCUUAUAAAUGUAACAUUUUCUACGUUGUAAAAUUGUUUUCAUUUCAUACAGUCAUAGAGACAUUAUGGCAGUAAACAGGCUUUUUCUUCUGCUGGUUAUAGCGUUUGAACUGUGUGCAAACCAAAAAUCUAAAGCGGAAGUUGUGCGCAGACUCGAGAAACCCGCUCUACAAACCUUGGCGUUGAGUGCUUCCCCAAUUAACGACACACUGUCUGCCCGUACCGGAGUGUUCAUCGGCCCAUCCGAUACACAGAUUCAAUUCUCUGGCCAAUCAAUGAAGAUUAAUAAAGAGGAAAACGACGUUUUCUCGGUCCGUCUAACAACCACUGAGUUUAACUUGGAGGCUAACAGCCCGUUUGGCUCCCGGAUGCUGAAAAUAAAGUCAAAUUCAGCAAAAGAAGCCAUGAGGAUUUUGUUCAAUCUGAACUCAAAUGCACGUAGAGAAACUAAAUUUCAUUUGAACAACUGUAAACUUGAAAUUGAAAAGCGUGAGAAUGGUACCCAAACAGAAUACAAAGCUAGAGUGGAGAAUUGUGCAGAUGAAGAUGGAUUUGAGAAGUAUUUUGUACUCGAUCUUAACUUCAAAUCAGGAGACGCAUCCCAGAUAUAUUCCAAAGAUCUUAACGGUCCGGAUAUUCAGCGAGUUAGCAAAUAUUUCAAAUACGCAAAGACAUUUUAUACCAGCACUGAAAGAGAUACAUAUUACACCAUCCUUAAUAACCCUGCACUGGAAGCUGACGAGAUUACUAUUACAAACUUUCACUUCACUGUUUCAUCUAAAUCGAAUCCUUCUCUUUUUAGUGAUGAUCUUUAUUCUACCUAUUACUGGAACUACUAUAUCUGAAUACAAAUACCAUUGUAAAAAGCAUUUCAGCUCAGAUAGGUAGUCUUACAUGUAUCUGGGGAAAUCCUCAAUUUAAACAUGUACAACAAAAAUGCAUUUAUAAUUAAAUAAAGUUUGAUGCUUCCAACAGUUUGUUUGAGCCCCUUUAGAUAUGCUGCAGCUUUAUUCAUUUCGCUCAAGUGUUAUUAUUAUACUUUUAUGUAAAAUACUGAAAUCUGAUUGGUUUAGACGCAGUUGAUAAUACGUUCUAUCACCCUCAGCGUUAGCAACACACUUGACAACGGGUAACACAACCAAUUGUUACAUGUGCGUAAAUUAUGCGCGUACGGUUCGCAAUAGAAUUCACGUCAUUUCAAUAUAAAUGCAGUAAAGUUUUCUUUAAAAUGGAGACAUUCAGUAUAAUAAAAAAAAAGUGCCUGUUUGGGAGGGGAAGAGUUGAAAUUGACACCCUUCGCGUUGAAUGACAAUAGUUUUCUCGGGUUGUCAAUUUCAACUCUUACAGUUCCAAACAGGCACUUUUUAAAUAAUGCUCUAAUUUUGAUUUGAAAAUGUAAAACAAAAAUGCAUUUAUGGUUAAAUAAAGAAUUGAUGCUUCCAAAAGUUUGUUUGAGUCCCUUUAGAAAUGCUGCAGCUUUAUUCAUAUCGCUCAAGUGUUAAUAAACUAAUCUUGAUAUAAACCAUCAGAAUGCUGCAUUCUAUACAGUGGUAACAACGUUACUGUUGACAAGCCAAUCGUGUUAAUUAGUUCGUGUAACGUGGGUGAUCGUUCGUGUAAUGUGCGGAAUCGUGCGUGUAUCAGGAAAAAUAGUUUGCGUUUUUUACCGUGCGUGUUCGUGCGUGAUCGUGCGGUUUUUUCGUUUUGUAACUUUUUUUACGGAAUGUCAGGAUUUAUUCUUAAAACAACGAGAAGUAUUUUUUGUAAAACAAUGUGAAUUUUAAACUUUUUUAUAGAAAAAACAUUGACAGUUGUUAGCAUUCAUUCUCUCUUUCGUGGUUUAAUACAUUGAUCAAGUAUUUCCACAGCUAAUUCAAUCCUUUGUUCGGUCGAGUUUGUUUUGCAUAAUGUUAUAGUCAGCCUAUAUCAAGCAUCCAUUGUGUCUUGACACAUAAUUUUAAUCAUAUUAGCAAGAGCGACACGUUGAAUGAAAGCGGCAAAGCUUACCCACUCCUCUGUUUUAAACUAAACGAUUAUCCCAAACGUUUUUCUUUCAAAUGAGAAUACGAUACGCAUUCCUAUCUGGUUCAUUGUGUAAACAUUUGUUUGAAAUAAUUUUUAUAGACGCUUUAAAAUUCAGAAUAAAUAGAAAUAAAUCAAAUAUGUACUGUAAAUAAUGAAAAUAUCCCAUGUG